AUGCUAAACAAUUAUGAGCUAAUCAAAACAAUAUCAACGGGAUUCGGUGGUAAGAUAAAACUAGCUAGAAAUACAGAGAACAACACUGAAGUAGCCAUUUAAAUUCACAGACUAGAUGAUAGUUCACUUGAUUAAGAUAGAGUAAACGUUUUUCAAAAUGAGGCUAAGUUGCUGUCUUAAAUCUUUCAUGAAAGAAUAUUAAAUAUAAUUGACUAUCAUGCUAGAUCAAUUGUGAAGAAAUCAGAUGGAAGUUAGUAUGAAAUAGUCUGCGUGACUAUUAGUGAGUUUGCAAAAGGAGGAGAACUUUUCUAUUAUAUAAAGAAUAAUGGAUCCUUUAAAGAGAGACAUGCUAGACAUCUUUUUAAUCAAAUGCUUGAGGGUUUACAAUACCUUCACUCUUAAGGUUAUUGUCACAGAGAUCUCAAGCCGGAGAAUAUACUAUUGACUGAAAACUUUGAUGUUAAAAUAAGCGAUUUCGGAUUCGUAGGUCCUAUUGCUGGCAGAUCUAAUGAUGGUUUCUUGAAGACUAAGCUUGGCACAUUACCUUAUCAAGCACCAGAGAUUAAUUUAAAUCUUAGAUAUAGAGGUGAAGAUGCCGAUGUGUUUUCUCUUGGAAUUAUCUUGUUCAUCAUGGUUACAGGACUUCCUCCCUUUAAAGUAGCUGAUGAAUCUGACUUCUUUUACAAACAAAUUAUUCAUGGAAAAACUGCAGAGUAUUGGGCAUAUUUCUAAAAUUGUGUUCAACAAAGUGGAGGAUAAACAUUUAGUGAAAACUUUAUGGGCCUUAUUCUAAAAAUGCUUGAAUUUCAUCCUGAUAAGAGGAUUAAGCUGUAGUAGAUUAGAGAGCACUCUUGGGUAGCUUCUGGGGAUUAUCCCUUACUUGAUGAGAUUAGAGUAGAAUUAGCCAAGAGAAAAGCUAAAAAUGUAUUAGAAGCUUAAAAGGCGAAUGCAUUAAAGAAACAAUAGAAAGCAAAAUACAGAAAUUUACGCUGA